UAGCGACGGCCGCUGAGAGGAAAAAGGAGAAAGCGAGGAGUGAGGAGAGAUUAGCGUAUUCAAAUCAGCAGAGCCAGAGACGGAAGAAAGAAGUGUGGCUCACAUCUGAACAAAUGGAGGAAGAGAAAGGCGAGCAGAUGAAGCCGCUGCUCACCACAGGUAAUGAUGAUGAAGCUGUAGUGGACUUGGGGAAGACAAGUUCUACCAUUCACACCAACUUUGAGAAGGAGGAGCUUGAAAGUCACAGAGCUGUGUACGUCGGGGUCCAUGUCCCUUUGGGGCGAGAAAGCAGGAGACGACAUCGGCAUCGAGGACACAGACACCACCGCAAACGGAGAGACCGAGGCUUGGAGCGUGAGGACGGACGAGAAUCCCCGACAUACGACACGCCCUCUCAGCGUGUUCAGUUUAUUCUGGGCACUGAGGAUGAUGAUGAAGAGCACAUUCCCCAUGACCUGUUCACCGAGCUGGACGAGCUGCACUUCCUUGAUGGAGAGAUGUACGAGUGGAAGGAGAUGGCCAGGUGGCUGAAGUUUGAGGAGGACGUGGAGGACGGCGGUGAGAGAUGGAGUAAGCCGUAUGUAGCCACUCUCUCGCUCCACAGCCUGUUCGAGCUCCGCAGCUGCAUCAUGAACGGCACCGUGCUGCUCGACAUGAGGGCCAACACCAUCGACGAGAUCGCUGACAUGGUCAUCGACAGCAUGGUGGCGUCGAAGCAGCUGGACGAGUCUCUGAGGGAGAAGGUUCGGGAGGCCAUGCUGAAGCGACAUCAUCACCAGAAUGAGAAGAAACUGAGCAACCGCAUCCCGCUUGUGCGCUCCUUUGCUGACAUAGGCAAGAAACACUCGGACCCGCACUUACUCGACCGGAAUGGUCUUAUGGCAUCUCCACACUCUGCUCCGGGGAAUCUGGAGAACAGUAAACCCAGUGAGAGCCGGAUGAACGGAGGGAGCAGAGAGAACAGCACAGUGGACUUUAGUAAGGUGGAUAUGAACUUCAUGAAGAAGAUCCCCCCCGGUGCCGAGGCAUCCAACGUGCUGGUCGGUGAAGUCGACUUUCUCGAUCGACCAAUCAUCGCCUUCAUCCGUCUCUCACCCGCCAUCCUCCUCACCGGCCUCACAGAGGUCCCUGUCCCCACAAGGUUCCUGUUUUUGCUGCUUGGGCCAGUUGGUAAAGGCUCACAGUACCAUGAGAUCGGCCGUUCCAUUGCCACACUGAUGACUGAUGAGGUUUUCCAUGAUGUUGCGUAUAAGGCUAAAGACAGGAAUGACCUGCUGUCUGGGAUUGAUGAGUUUCUGGAUCAGGUGACGGUUCUCCCGCCGGGCGAGUGGGACCCCACCAUCCGCAUAGAACCACCUAAAAAUGUCCCGUCUCAGGAGAAAAGGAAGAUGCCAGUGCCGAAUGGCCCCGCCCCCCAAUCUGAGGUCAUCAAAGAGGAGGAGCAUCACACAGGGCCAGAACUGAAGAGGACAGGACGGAUAUUUGGUGGUCUGGUGUUGGAUGUGAAGAGGAAAGCUCCAUUUUAUUGGAGUGAUGUGCGUGAUGCGUUCAGUCUGCAGUGUUUGGCGUCGGUGUUGUUCCUGUACUGCGCCUGCAUGUCUCCCGUCAUCACGUUCGGUGGCCUGCUGGGAGAAAUUACCAAGAACAACAUCAGUGCUAUUGAGUCAUUAUUUGGUGCGUCUCUGACUGGAGUGGCAUACUCUCUCUUCGCCGGUCAGCCCCUCACGAUUCUGGGCAGCACCGGUCCAGUUCUGGUGUUUGAGAGAAUCCUCUUCAAUUUCUGCAGUGAUUAUGGGCUGUCCUACCUCCCCCUGCGCACCAGUAUUGGUUUGUGGACGGCGUUCCUGUGUGUGGUGUUGGUGGCAACAGACGCGAGUUCUCUGGUGUGUUACAUCACGCGGUUCACGGAGGAAGCCUUCGCCGCUCUCAUCUGCAUCAUCUUCAUCUAUGAGGCAGUGGAGAAGCUCGUCGACCUGAGGGAGAAGUUUCCCAUUAACAUGCAUAACAACCUGGACAACCUCACCUUCUACAGGUGUCAGUGUUCUCCACCUUUGAACGCCACACCUGAGCUCACCGACCUGUGGAAUCAGACUGGCUUCACCCCGGACUCAAUCAGCUGGAGUGAACUGGAUAUGACUGUGUGUAAGAAGCUGAAGGGUGUGUUUGUGGGUCCAGCGUGUAGCGAUCACGGCCCCUUCAUCCCCGACGUCCUGUUCUGGUCCGUCAUCCUCUUCUUCACCACUUUCUUCCUCUCUGCCUUCCUCAAACAGUUCCGGACCAAACGCUAUUUCCCCACCAGGGUUCGCUCAGCCAUCAGUGAUUUUGCAGUUUUUCUCACCAUCAUGGUCAUGGUGCUGCUGGAUUACCUGGUGGGGAUUCCUUCACCCAAACUCAACGUCCCUGACACCUUUGAGCCCACCUCUAACGACCGGGGUUGGUGGAUGACUCCGUUGGGUUCGAAUCCCUGGUGGACGAUGUUGGCGGCGGUGGUUCCUGCUCUGCUCUGCACCAUCCUCAUCUUCAUGGACCAGCAGAUCACUGCCGUUAUCAUCAACCGCAAAGAGCACAAGCUCAAGAAAGGCUGUGGGUAUCACCUGGACCUGCUGGUGGUGGCCGUGAUGUUGGGUGUGUGCUCUCUGUUGGGUUUGCCGUGGUUCGUAGCCGCCACCGUUCUCUCCAUCUCUCACGUGAACUCGCUGAAGCUGGAGUCUCAGUGCUCAGCUCCUGGGGAGCAGCCCAAAUUCCUGGGAAUCAGAGAGCAACGAGUCACCGGCUUCAUGAUCUUCAUCCUCAUGGGCUUAUCCGUCUUCAUGACCUCCGUGCUCAAGUUUAUCCCCAUGCCGGUGCUGUAUGGAGUUUUCCUCUACAUGGGCGUCUCGUCCCUUAAAGGCAUUCAGUUCUUUGACCGUAUUAAGCUGUUCGGGAUGCCUGCUAAGCACCAGCCUGAUCUGAUCUACCUGCGCUACGUUCCUCUGUGGAAGGUCCACGUGUUCACCAUCGUACAGCUCACCUGCCUCGUGCUGCUGUGGAUCAUCAAGGUCUCGUCUGCUGCAGUGGUUUUUCCCAUGAUGGUCUUGGCCCUGGUGUUUGUCCGGAAGCUUCUUGAUUUCUGCUUUACGAAGCGAGAGCUCAGCUGGCUGGAUGACUUGAUGCCAGAGAGCAAGAAGAAGAAGGAGGAUGACAAGAAGCUCGCCAAAGAGGAGGCAGAGCGAAUGAUGGAGGUUGAGAGAGUGAUGGAGUACAGCACUGACAACCUGCUGAGUAUCAAAGCCCUCAAAAUCAGCACUGACCCGUCUGUGGUUAACAUUACUGAUGAAAUGGCCAAAACCAGUAUGUGGAAAGCUGUGAACUCUGACCCCUCCAAAGGGCACAAAUGCAGUGAAAGUCAUAACAGUCCUGGCAUUAAAAUCAUCGUGGACGAUGCAGACGGGGAGGCGUUUGUGGACACAGAGACGUCACUAUGACGACGAGGAGAGUAUGACUUCUGACAGGAGAGAGAGAGAGAGAGAUGGGAGAAGAGUUUCUCACAGCAAAGGCCAAAUGGGUUCAAGAGGAAACAUGCUCACACUAUUCAUCUUACACACACACACACACACACACACACACACACACACAGUACCGUUAUUCAGUGUAAACAGUGUGUAGCUACAGCGUCACUCUCUGAGGUACAUCGUCACGCACCCGAGAGCCAGAAUGAAGUCGACUCCACCACUUCUGUUUUUAUUGUUUUUGUUCUUAUUUAUUUUAAAGGGAAGUGUUUUAAACGCGAGACGCCCUGCUGUGGGUUUAGCAGCGAGUCUCCCAGUCCGCUGAUGAUGUAACGCUACACACUACAGUGUAGGUGGCUGCAGGCUUCCAUUACACGUUCGACAUUUAGCCUCGUAGCUCCGGUACGUCACACAGCGAGCACGUCUCGGCUGAUCCCCACAUUCAGCCCAUUUAUGUUUUACUUUUGUUUUAAAGUUGAGUUUUUGAGACUGUUAAAUAGUGUAAAGCUAAAGGUGUGUGUGUGUGUGUGUGUGUGUGUGUGUACACGCUUCACUCUAAAUGAAAAUUGAGAUUUACGAACAGUAAACGGUUCUGUUUAACAUCGUUAGAAAAUCCUUCACAUCCUGUUUACAUGAAAUUACAUGUGUGUGCGCAAUAUAUUAUGUCUUAUGAUCUAGAUCCCUUAAAUGUUCUUCAGUUGUCCCUCUAGGGGAACUAUUAAAGGUUCUAUGUAGAACCCUUCAGGAACUCUUAAUUAUCCAGGGAGCCUUUAAAAGAACCCUUUCAACCCCCAAAGCAGUUUAAAUGUUAAAUUUCUCACAGGUUUUACAUGUCAAGGAGAAAGUCAGGAGCAGUAAUUCUGGUGUCUCUCACACACACACACACACACACACACACACACACACACACUUUAACACACACACACACACACUUUAACACACACAAAGGGUUCUUUAAGGGUUUCAUUGAAUAACUAACAAUUCUUCACUUCCAGAAGAGCUUCUCUUUACAAGUGAAAUCUGAACCCACUGAUGGUAGAUUAAAGAACAUUCCCUGAAAGAGACAUGAGAAGAACCCUGAAGUGUUCUAGAUUUGUUUGUCAUUCUUAAGGUUUACGUUUGUGUGUGUGUGUGUGUGUGUGAUAUCCAGUGUUAGUGCUGAUGUGAGAAUAUGGUUGACGCAUGGUGUGGCUGAUUAUCCGGACGUCUCACUCAGCUGUUCCCACGCUCUGCUUCUCUCACACAUCGAGGUUCUUGUUGCAUCCUUUUCUGAUCAUCAGAUUAAAUCGACUCGUUAGCACCCCAUCAGGACGGUCAUGUAACUGCAGUUGUACCAGAAUGUAAUUGUUUUUUUCUUUUUUUAUUUAUUUUUUUUUAAGUGAAGAUAACGGUGACUGAACGCAUUGUUCCUGGGAUUUAUAUAAAAAAAGAAACCCAAAUUAAUCUGUUCUGAUUUUUUUUCUACUUUUUUAGGCUGCUCAGCGUGAAACUGUUCCUUAAGUUAUUAACCGUUAUUAAUGAAGUAUUUAAAGUUUUAUUAUUUUACAUUAGAAUGAAAUUUAAUUUGAGGUGAUUCCUGAUUUUUAACCCCCCCAUCCUGUUCUUGUUUUUUUUUAAAUAUUUCUUCGCCGUUUGUUUCUCAGAUGUGACGGCGCUCAUCAUGUCUUCCUUCUGAAGAUUCAGAACAAGUAUUUUUACUCCACAGUGCUGCAGGUUCUCUCACAGAUCCGCUGUAAAGCUGCUCCUUUUCACGCGCCAGUUAAUCCUUUAGACUUUUUGUAGCCAUCAGCAGACUGUUUAUAAAUCUGUACAGUAAAACUGUAUUAUUCAAAGGGUUUUUUGUUUUGGGUUUUUUUUUGUAAAACUUCUUUAAAAAUUUGUUCAAUAAAAGCACAAAGUUGGAAAA